UCUUAGUUCCUCAACCAGGGAUCGAAGCCUGCAUUGGAAGAUGAAGUCUUUACCACUGGACCACCAGGGAAUUCUCCUCAUUGAAUCUUUUAUAUGUUACUAGUCUUAUUUUAUUUUUGUUUCAUCUAUCAUCUAUUUUUAGGAGAAAAGUAUCUUAAAAUUUCCUUAUAUAUUGUAGAUUUUAUAGUUUUUCCUUCCCUUUCUGGCUUAUUUUGAUGUUGUUAGAGUCAUAUAAGGACUAGGUUAUUUAGUCCCUGGUAAACUGUUUAUCAUCAAAAAUGACAUCUGUAUUCCUAAUAAUCCUUUAUCUCUCAAAAUCUAUUCUGUCAGAUUUUAAUAUCACUGUAUCAGAUUUCCAUUUACCCUACAUUGAGAAGCAGCAGAAAACAACAUGAAGAGCAUGGAUUCUGAAGUCAGGCUGCUGGGGUUCAAAUUCCAGCACUAACACCUUUUAGGGGCGGGGCAAACAGGAAAUUUAAACCGAACCCGCGGUCGAGGGCGCCUAGAGAAUAUGCUGUAGUUGCAGAGAAGCAGUCGGUGCCCGCGAGCCUGAAAGAGCCCAUGGAGCCCGCGAUCGGGAUACGGUGGCCUUGAAGGAGUACGGAGGCCGGGAAAGAGCAGAGAAUUGGAGGAGGGAUCCGGGAAAGGGUACGGAUGCCGAAAAGCGGAAGAGGGGGCAACGAUCGCCUUCAGCUGGAGAGUUCAAUGGAUGAGAGUAAGCUACGGGCUCCGGACCCAGGAGCUCAGCUCGGAGUCUCCAGUUGUCUGGGAAAAUGCCAGAAGAGCUCACCAGAUGCCAGGAGGCAGCCCUUUUCUGGAAAGUCCUUCUACUUGGAUCUGCCUGCCGGCAAGAACCUCCAGUUCUUGACGGGGGCCAUUCAGCAGCUGGGUGGGGUAAUUGAGGGUUUUCUGAGCAAAGAAGUAAGUUACAUCGUGUCCAGCCGCAAGGAGGCGAAGGCCGAGAGCAGCAGGACAAGUCACAGAGGCUGCCCCAGCCCCAGCGAGGUCACAGUGGACACACCGCCGAAAGGCAGCCGUGCCAGGCCCGCACAGAAGGCCAUGGACCCAGUGCCUCUGAGCAGAGGGAAGGAGCUCCUGCAGAAGGCCAUCAGAAACCAGGGCAGCAGCAGCGGAGGCGGCAGUGGGCACAGCAGCAGCCUCCUGAGCAACGCCCGCUCCUGGGGGGUGCAGAUUCUCCACGUGGACGAAAUGCUGAUACGGGUGCAGCAACUGUCUCUUGAUGCUCCACGUGUGAAGAAACAAGGGCUGAAGAAGCCAGAGGGAACAUGUCCAGCAGAGUCAAGAACACGGAAAGUGGCCAGACUGAAAGCACCGUUCCUCAAAGUCGAAGAUGAGAGCAGGAAGUUUCGUCCUUUCCACCUUCAGUUUAAAUCCUUUCCUGAAAUUUCUUUUCUGGGACCCAAAGCCACCAGUCCUUUUGAGGCCCUGAUGACUCCGAGCAGCUCGCACCAUACCAGAGAAGCCAAGGACCAGGAGCCAAACCGGCGAUCCGCCGCCUGCACUGUGCCCAGGAGGAGGAAAGGGUACUGUGAGUGCUGCCAAGAAGCCUUCGAGGAGCUGCACAGGCAUCUCCAGAGCCCCCAGCACCAGGACUUUGCCCUGGAAGCCCACCUGUAUGCCGAAGUCGAUCGGAUCAUUGCCCAGCUGAGCCACAGCUUUGCAGACGUGCCCUUCCAGGCCAGCCUCCCCCGGCAGCCAGGCUCCUUGACUUCCGACUGUGACCCUCUGUAUCCUGAGCCUCCGCCUCCCCUCUGGCCCUCCCCUGUCAAGGCAGCGUCUCCCUGGAGGAGGAAAGGCGAUCAUCACCAGGCCCCAGGUGCCUCCGAUCAUGGUGGGACAGUGGGCGGCGUGAAGGCAGCAACAGAACCUGUGGAGGCUGGCGAGAUUCCUGGACCGAUAGCAAGCUACCAGGAGCUAAAGGGGUCAGCUGACAGCUUUGUGGACCCCCCAGAGACCCCAGGGUCUGGGAGCCCUGCUCACCAGGGCCUCCUAACCAGCUCUGGACUUGCUGAACUCUCCUCUGGCCCAGACCUGCCUCUUUUUGGCCACAAGCGGAAGAUUCAGUUCCCCAGUGGCAAUGCCGAGAAGAGGCCGGGUGCAUCCUGGCCACAAGCCUCACUCUUUAUCCCGAGAGCCCCCAGCCCCUGUGGCUCCCCCAGCUCCCAUGGCAUCAGGACAACCAGCAGCAAGCACCUUCCCCUUCCCGGCCAUGAGCCCAGGUCUCUGGCCUCCCUCCAGCCUGUGCACCACCCACAGGAAGAGACCUGCCUCUCCCUCCCAGGCAGCCCCCCAGCUGAGCAGCUCCGGGCCAGCUGCCAGCCCACCUGCCCUCAGCUGCAGGCACGGAGCCCCCAGGAGGACCUGCAGAGAGCCCGGCUGCCUCUCCUCGCCACACACUGCCAGCCAGCAGGGAGACCAGCUGCUCCCGAUGGUUCUGGACCUCCCAGCUUCUUCCAGGCCCCUGACUCCCAACCCCAGCCCACCGCCAACAGAGAACUACUUCUCUCCCAUGGCAUCAGGACAACCAGCAGCAAGCACCUUCCCCUUCCCGGCCAUGAGCCCAGGUCUCUGGCCUCCCUCCAGCCUGUGCACCACCCACAGGAAGAGACCUGCCUCUCCCUCCCAGGCAGCCCCCCAGCUGAGCAGCUCCGGGCCAGCUGCCAGCCCACCUGCCCUCAGCUGCAGGCACGGAGCCCCCAGGAGGACCUGCAGAGAGCCCGGCUGCCUCUCCUCGCCACACACUGCCAGCCAGCAGGGAGACCAGCUGCUCCCGAUGGUUCUGGACCUCCCAGCUUCUUCCAGGCCCCUGACUCCCAACCCCAGCCCACUGCCAACAGAGAACUACUUCUGUGA